AUGGAGAAUAAGGAAGCCGCAUUACCGACCCAUGCCAAAGAUAACCCUAACGUGUCCGCCGACGGCGCACCCUCGAAGAAUGCAUUGAAGAAAGCGCAGAAGGAGGCAGAGAAAGCCGCAAAAAAGGCCGCAGCAAAGGCAAAAGAGGCAGAGCAGAAAGCAGCCCAACAAGCACAGGCUUCCGAGGAUACGGCCAAGGACAAAUAUGGUACAUUGCCGCAGGACGACCCCGAGAUUACACAUCUCAAGAAGCUGGGAGAGGAACACGUCGACAAAGAAGUCACCGUGAUCGUUAGAGUCCACAACUCCAGAAGCCAAAGUGCAAAGUUGGCAUUUCUCAUGUUGCGCCAGCAAGGCAAAACCAUUCAAGCUGUCGUUGCAGCAAUAGGGGAUGCUGUGUCUAGGCAAAUGGUAAAAUGGGCUGUGGGCGUCAACAUCAACUCCUUCGUCCGCGUCUCUGGAAUAGUCAAGAAGCCCAACCCUCCAGUGGCCUCUGCCUCAAUCAGCGACCUCGAACUCCAUGUCACAAAGAUUUACCUGAUAGCUUCCGCCGCCGAGCAGAUCCCUAUGCAAGUGAAAGAUGCGGAGCGACCGCCGCCACCAUCAAUAACGGGGGAAGAAGAAGGACCAGCAGUCGAUGCCGAGGGAGCUCCGAUCGUCACGCUGAAAACCCGUCUCGACAACCGGGUGAUUGAUCUACAGACAGAGUGCAAUCAAGCCAUCUUCACCAUCUCGUCGGGCGUCGAAGGACUAUUCGAAGAAUUCAUGCGCAAGGCUGGCUCCCGCAAGUUCAACACACCUAAGCUCCUUGGCGCGGCGACAGAAGGCGGCUCUGGGGUCUUCGAAGUGAACAACUAUUUUGGCAAGAGUGGAUUCCUUGCUCAGUCUCCGCAGUUGCACAAGCAGAUGCUUAUUGCUGGGGAUUGCGAGAGUGUCUUUGAGAUUGGCCCGGUCUUUCGCGCGGAGAAUAGCAAUACGCAUCGACAUUUGACAGAGUUCACCGGUCUCGAUUUCGAGAUGGUCUUCAAUCACCACUACCAUGAAGUACUAGAAUUUGCUGAGAACCUCAUCGUCUUCAUUGUCCACGAGCUCAAGACUCGCUUCAAGGAUGAAAUUGCUGUCGUGCAAAAGUACUUUCCCCGUGCAGGAGACUUCCGGAUCAAAGACGGCAAAGCCUUACGGUUGAAGUACUUUGAAGGGAUCAAAAUUCUGAGAGACGCCGGUGUCGACACCACGGAACAAGACAACUAUGUCACCGAUUUGACGACAGCUCAGGAGAAGAAGCUGGGACAGUUGAUCAGAGAAAAGUACGACACUGAUUUCUACGUGCUGGACGAGUUCCCCAUGGUGGUCCGGCCUUUCUACACCAAGCCACACCCGUCCGACCCGAAAUUGUCGAAUUCCUACGACUUCUUCAUGCGUGGUGAAGAGAUCAUGUCCGGCGCUCAACGUAUCAACGAUGCCACAGAGCUAGAGGCAUCAAUGAGGAGCAAAGGGGUUGAUCCGAAUUCAGAGGGCUUUCAAGACUACGUCAACGCCUUCAGGCAAGGGUGCCGGCCUCACGCUGGUGGCGGCUUGGGCCUGAACCGUAUCGUCAUGUUCUUCCUAGGGUUGGAUAACGUGCGGCAGGCCACACCCUUCCCCAGAGAUCCGCAGAGAUUGCGGCCAUAG